CUAAACGUUGUAAUGGGAGAGAGCCAGUGGAAUGAUUGGAAACCUUUUAUUUAUGGGGGUAUAGCUUCAAUUGUUGCAGAAUUAGGUAUCUGGUGUUAUAUUCUAAUACCAUAUAUAAUUCUAGUACCAUUUAAUAAUAAACUUCUGUAUCAUCAUUUCUAUAAAUAUAUUUUGGCCCAGGUACUUUUCCAUUGGACACAACAAAAACACGUCUUCAAAUUCAAGGACAAAAAUUAGAUCAGAAAUAUGCACAUUUGAAAUAUUCUGGCAUGAUUGAUGCUUUAUUACAAAUAUCACGACAAGAAGGUUUUAAAGCAUUAUAUUCUGGAAUUAGUUCAGCUAUAUUACGACAAGCCACUUAUGGAACUAUAAAAUUUGGUACCUAUUAUUCUUUAAAAAAAGCUGCUAUGGAUAAAUGGGAAACAGAUGAUUUAGUUGUAAUAAAUGUCGUAUGUGCUGCAUUAGCUGGAGCUAUCUCAAGUGCUAUAGCUAAUCCAACUGAUGUAGUUAAAGUUCGUAUGCAAGUAACUGGAAGUAACUCAAAUUUAUCAUUGUUUGGUUGUUUUCAAGAUGUAUAUCAACAUGAAGGUAUUUCUGGUUUAUGGAGGGGUGUAGGACCUACUGCCCAAAGAGCAGCAAUUAUUGCAGCUGUAGAGUUACCUAUAUAUGAUUACAGUAAAAACAAAUUUAUGAUUUUAUUGGGAGAUAGUACUUUCAAAAACGAAGGAUUUUUAGCUUUAUAUAAGGGUUUCGUACCUACUUGGUUUAGAAUGGGACCAUGGAAUAUCAUAUUUUUUAUAACAUAUGAACAAUUGAAGCAACUGCAUAAUUCACAUUUAUCUUUAAAUAAUGUAUCGGAUCGUUCAAGUAAAUAG